AUGGAUGCUAUUGUUAAUAGAAGUGGUAGGGUCCUUGAGGGUGGAGUGCCUAAUAAGAGUGUUGCUAUAGAGAGCACUAGUAAGAUUCCCAUUAAAAUUGAGGGAGAUGAGUGUCCUUUGAGUGAGAGAGUUGAUGAGGAACAAGUAGAGAAAGUGUUAGAGAAAGAGAAAGAGAAAGAACUUUACAAACCCAAGCUUCCCUAUCCCCAAAGGUAUAAUAAACACAAAUUGGAUGAGCAAUUUGGGAAAUUUGUAGAGAUGCUUAAGCAACUUCAUCUAACUCUUCCUUUCACCGAUGUUGUAGAACAAAUGCCAAACUAUGCUAAGUUCCUCAAAGAGAUUUUGAGUGGAAAAAGGACAUGUGACAUGAUGGAAACAAUUAGCCUACCCGAACAUUGUAGUGCAAUAAUCAUGAAUAAGAUGCCUCCUAAGUUGAAGGAUCCUGGAAAUUUCUCCAUCCCUUGUGCCAUUAAUAAAACUCAAAUUGAUAAUGCCCUAUGUGACUUAGGAGCUAGUGUUAGCCUUAUGCCAUAUUCGGUCUAUCAAAGAUUAGGUCUAGGAGAACUUUUACCUUCCAAGAUUACUUUGCAAUUAGCCGAUAGAUCAAUUAAGAUCCCAAAGGGGAAGGUAGAAGAUGUUCCUUUGAGGGUUGGGAAAUUUGUCAUUCUGGUUGAUUUUGUAGUGUUGGAUAUGGAUGAAGAUGCUACUAUCCCUAUCAUCUUAGGUAGACCAUUUCUUGCUACAUCGGGGGCAAUGAUUGAUGUCAAAAGUGUUAAGAUUUCUCUUAAGAUUGGAGAGGAGGUAGUUGAAUUUGAUUUGAAUGAAGGCAUGAAAUAUCCCUCUUCUUCUUUUGAGAAUUGCAUGAGAGUUGAAGUUCUUGAUAAUAUUGUACAAUCCAUGCAUGAGCAUUUGCUCACAUCUAAUGAUCCUCUUGAAUGUGUUUUGUUGAACAAGGAAAAGAUAGGUAUCCCAAACAAGGAAGUGCAAUUGUAUGAAGACUUGCUUGAUGGAAGCAAUAAAGGGAGUGAUGAUCAAAUUUGUAUGGGGAUAUCAAGUCAAGAUGCUUUGCAUGUGGCCUCAACCAAAGAAGGUAAAGGUGUUCCUAUGGUAGAGCUCAAACCUCUACCAUCACACCUUAGGUAUGAAUUCCUAGGCCCUAAUUCUACUUAUCACGUCAUUGUUAGUGCAUCCUUGAGUGAGAGCCAAGCUCAAGAGUUAUGUGGUGUCUUGAGAAAGCACCAAGGUGCUUUGGGGUACACAACUGAUGAUCUUAAGGGCAUAAGCCCCGCCUUGUGUACACACCACAUCACACUUGAGGAGGGCACCCUACCUUCUAUUGAACGACAAAGGAAACUACAUCCCCAAUGGGAGAAGUAG